AUGGCCAUCGACACGAAUGUUCAUGAACUUCUGGUUAUUGGAGAUUCAAUAUUGUUGAUUCAGCAGUUUCAAAAAGAAAAAGCUGUGAAGUUUUUGAAGAUCACAUCAUGUAUCGAUGUUGUUGAAGCUGCAAAGCUUUUCAAACAGAUACAUGUUGGAGUUUGUGGAACGCACAUGAAUGGACACACUUUGGCAAGGAAGAUCGUUCAAUCAGGUUAUUUUUGGAUGACUAUGGAGCAUGAUUGUUGCAAAUUUUUGAAGAAAUAUCAUAAAUGUCAAGUGCACGGUGAUUUAAUCAGAGUGCCUCCUCACGAACUCAAUGCUAUGAGUUCACCUUGGCCGUUUGUAGCUUGGGGCAUGGAUGUUAUCGGUCGGAUAGAGCUAGCCGCUUCUAAUGGACACAAAUUUAUUUUGGUUUCCAUUAAGUACUUCACCAAGUGGGUGGAAACAGCUUCGUACAAGUCAGUGACCAAGAAAGUGAUAGCUGAUUUUGUUUGCAAUAAUCUGAUAUGCAUGUUUGGAGUACCAAAGUCCAUCAUUACUGAUAAUUGUGUCAAUCUCAAUAGUCACUUAAUGAGAGAUAUAUGUGAACAGUUCAAGAUUACUCAUCGAAACACAACCGUUUAUCGUCUUCAAAUGAAUGGAGCUGUAGAGGCUACCAAUAAGAACAUCAAGAAGAUUCUGAGGUAA